AUGGCAUCGAAAGAGUUGCAUGCACGCUGUCGCAUAUUGGCGGAACGCCUCUCAGAAAGUGCGCAUAUUGUUGACCACGACCCAUCGUUGGCUCUAUAUCGAUUACACGAACAUAUUGGAAAAACUUUGGCUAUACUUGUGGCUCGAAAACAUACAAUGGCUGAUUUGAAUUCUCGUCUUCAAGGUGCAUGUUUCGACCUGGACAAUGUUCUUUUAACAGUGCGGUCAAUGAAAAAGGCAGCAGCGAGUUUCCAGAACAUUCAGGAAAUGCUUCGAGACUGCAUACAUUACAAACAGCAACUGAACUGCUCAAAUAAAUAA